AAGCACGAUUAGAACUAUUAAACAUGUUAAAUGUGAAGAAGCACGCAUAGGGAUCAUAUAUACACGAAUCUAAGGCGAUGUAUAAAGACAAGUUUUAUUGCGUUUUGAUAUUUUUAUUUGCUUGUUUCCAGAAUAUUGUUUGUCAGUGUCAAAACGGUUGGAUACAUAAUUCUACAUCAUGCUAUUACUUCAGCGAUAAUACGAAAACCUGGGAUACUUCAUCUGCUUCUUGUCAGUCACAUCACGCAGAACUUGCUGUCAUAGAGACAAAUGAAGAAAAUACGUUCAUAUGGUCUGAAAUGACUAAACUUGGAGGAUUUUUCUGGUUGGAUGGAACAGAUGAACCUUCUGAAGGACAAUGGGAAUGGGCAUCAAAUGGCGAAACACUUGAUUAUUCGAAUUGGUUUCCAGGAGAACCAAAUAAUAAUCAUGGUCAAGAAGACUGUCUGCUGACAGGUGGAGUCUACCAAACAUUCUGGAAUGAUUCACCUUGCACGAACCAGAUCAAAUAUAUUUGUGAGAAAAAGUUGGAGAAUCCAGUCGUAGGAUAACAUCGAUAACAUCGAUGUAUAUAUAUAUGGCAGAG